CAAACACGUAGUUUGCAGAUCAGAUUCUGAUAGCCAAAUAUGGAGACGAAAAGAGCGCAGGAGAACAAGAGCAGUAGGGAUUUUUGAAAUGAGAUAGUGUGUUAAUGCAUGGGGAAAGUGAGGUCGAGAGAGAGAGAGAGAGAAAUUAAGCUAUUUCCUUCUGCCCUUGAGCGCGUAGGACAAAACUGAUAUCGUAAAAAGUAGGGGAACAUGAACAGACGCAAUGCCAUUCCUGAAAAAGUAUUGAAAUAUGAUAUAUUUAGAAGUAAUCUAUUGCGCGUACGGGAUGUAGUCGGUAUCAUCAUAACAACGCACUGCUUUCCUCAAAAGUAUCAAACAGAAGAGAAACAAACAGAAGGGGAGAGCAUCUCAUCUAAUCCUCUUACUGAAGGGAAUACAGUUAAAUACAGUGACGUUAAGCUUCUUUUUAACGACGAACCAAGGUGCAACGGCAGGCUUCAGAAUGCUGACAACACUUUUGCAAAGGGAUGCACCCAUGGCAGAAUAUGAACAUGCCUUCCUUCUCGGAGCAAUUUCCAAAAAUGGAGCAUGUAAACCCAUCAUUUGAAUGACAUUAAACUCAACAAAAUCUCAUCAAGAGGGAGCUUCUGAGUGGACCGCGGGAAUAUUCUAAAUGGUAUAGGCUACUCAUGGACAUGCGACUGCUUUUACUGUGACUUGCCUGGAGUGCCAAAGGUGUUUGAUCUGAGCAAGAUUUGCAUGUCACCAAUAUCAAACACAACAGGCUCCUUUUAAAGUGCAACUAACUAUACUUUAAAGGAAUGCUUUCAUUGAUGUAAUUUCAACGUAGGACAACACAUAUUUCGAAACUGAAGUACAUGUAGCUUAUUUGGGAAGGCAUAGGCCUAGAUUUGUAUAGGCAUCCAGCAGAGUUAAGUUGUAUCCUACAAGCGGCAGGUGUCUCAACAUGAAAACAAAACGGAUUCGAAGCUGAUCCUCUCUGUGUGUGGACCGACGGUGGCACAUCUUUCCUCCCUCCGGACACUCGGUCUUGGACGAUGGAUGUGGUCUCUACGAGUGCCAUGCUCUCACAGGUGGUCUUUCUUCUGCACUUUGUGACUUUGACACUUGGCCAGUAUGACAUAUGCAAAAGUCUGGUUAGUAUGGAUAAUGGACAGACAUGGGAGUUUUACGCAUGCCAGCCCAAACCCACGGCUAUGAAGGAGUUCAUGCAAAUUACGGUGGAUCCCCUUGGCAUCACUUGCGGAAAUCCCCCGGAGAGGUUCUGUACUCUGGAGAACCCGUACCUGUGUAGUGACGAAUGUGACGCCUCCAACCCGGACCUGGCUCACCCUCCCCAGCUGAUGCAGGACCGUGAGAGCAGUGGCCUCAUCACCUACUGGCAGACGGUGACGUGGAGCCGCUACCCAGAGCCCCUGCUGGCCAACAUCUCCCUGGCCUGGAACAAGAGCUUGGAGCUGACCGAUGACAUCCAGGUCACUUUCGAGUAUGGCCGCCCCACCAUCAUGGUGCUGGACAAGUCCCUGGACAAAGGGCGCACCUGGCAGCCCUACCAGUUUUACGCAGACGACUGCAUGGACGCCUUCGACAUGCCCGCCAAGCGGGUGCAGGACCUGUCGGCAACAAACGUGACUCGGGUCAUCUGUACCGAGCAGUACUCUCGCUGGGUGGGCUCCAAGAACGAGAAGGUGCUGCGCUUCGAGGUGAUGGCGCGCUUUGCUAUUUUCGCAGGGCCCAAGCUGCUCAAUAUGGACAGCCUGUACACACGCAUGGAGAGUAUGAAGGGCCUGAGGGACUUCUUCACCUUCACCAACCUAAGACUGAGGCUGCUGAAGCCGGCCUUGGGGGGAACCUACGUCCAGAGAGACAACCUCCUCAAAUACUUCUACGCCAUCUCCAACAUAGAUGUACCAGCCAGGUGUAAGUGUAACCUCCAUGCUGGCCAGUGCACCUUUCGGGAGGGCAGCCUGCAGUGUGACUGUGAGCACAAUACGACGGGCCAGGACUGCACUCGCUGUGAGAGGGGCUUCAAAGCCAAGUCAUGGAAACCUGGAUCCUACCUACCCACCCCCAACGGAUCCCCCAAUACCUGUGAGGCUGCUGGGACUCUUGGCAACUGUGAGUGCUAUGGCCACUCGAACCGCUGCAGUUAUAUUGACUUUAUCAACAUCGUGACUUGUGUCAGCUGCAAACACAACACUAGGGGGCAGAACUGUCAGCACUGUCGACUGGGAUACUUCCGGAAUAUCUCUGCCGAGCUGGACGAUGACAACGUUUGUAUAGAGUGUAACUGUAACCAGCUGGGGUCCUUCCACGCCCGCUGCAACGAGACAGGGUACUGCCAGUGUAGGGAUGGCUCCACUGGGACAAAGUGCGAGGACUGCCUGCCUGGAUACAGCUGGAGACAAGGCUGCUCCCCCAACGUCUGCGACGACGACAUGCUGCUGUGCCAGAAUGGAGGCACCUGCUUCCAGAACCAGAAGUGUCUGUGUCUGCCAGAGUACAAGGGCCUGCUGUGUGAGCAGCUGCUCUGUGAGGGAGAGAGGGGCUGCAGCGGUGCCUCUGCCUCCUACCUCAGCCUAGUUGCCAUGCUGAGUUUCCUUCUAGCCAACGCCCUGCUUAAACAAGUCACUGCUUAAUGAGCUACACCCGGGACAGCUGGAGUACACCUGGCUACAUUUUUGGGAUCCGCCAUUCGCAGUGCUUAGCUCAGUCUAACUGUGCUGUUGCAUUCUGGGAGAGUGUUUGAGGGCUCCAGCCCCCUGUCACCUUCGCCACGAUGAGACAAAGAGAGUUCCUCUCUCUCUAUGAAUGCCAGUGCUGAAAGAACUUAUACCAAAAAAACAAAAUCACUAUCUUAGAAAAGUUUAGAGCGAAUUGUAUUGUCGUACAUCUAAGUUUGUUCUCACUGAAAUACUGCACUUAGCCAACUUGCUUUCUGAACAGAGAUGGCUGUAAUCACUGCUGAGGCCUACUAAUGCCAAGUUUAUCUUACUCUCAAAUUCACGUUUCCUUACUUUGCUGCAUAGUUUAUUUGUUUCCUGGAACAAUCAUUGAACUGAAAAGUGGAGAAAAAGUAAACAUUUUUUUGUGUAUUUUUACCAGAGUUGAUGUUUCAGUAGCUUGUGGUGGAGAAUCAAUUGUCGCAUGGAAAUCAUGAAGCGCAGAGAGAGAGAGUAUAUCCUAUCCAAAUCAAACAAAUCUAUGUAUGAAUAUUUUUUUGUAGAAAUUGUUAUUUUUGUUCCAAGUAAACGUUAUCAUUCUGAAGAAAAUGACCCAUGAUGAGCUUUUUAUUAUUCUAAAUAUUCCUGAGAAUGUGACUGUUAGAUGAUGUUCCUGAUGCCAUUGCAGGAAUAAAGCCUGAAGGUCUGAAAGUU